AUGCGAACUGAAGGUUUUUCCGUUGAUGGUUUCAACUUGGCAUUUGCAAUCAAAUCUUGUAUUAGGUUGUCGAUUUUGCAAGAUGGGAAGUUGGUUUAUUGUUUGGCAAUCAAAUCGGGACUCGAUAGAGAUCCUUAUCUUGUCCCUGCUCUCAUAGAUGUGUACUCUGAUUUGGGUUCUUUGAAAGAUGCCCAUAAAUUGUUUGAAGAAAUUCCUGAGUGGAAUACAGGUAUUUGGGGUUCUAUGAUGAAAGACUAUCUCAAGUCUUUAGAGCAAACCAAAGUUUUUGAGUUGUUUUCGAAAAUGAGAACAGAUGGUUUUGAAUUGGAGCCAUUUACAUCUGAAUGUUUGGUUCGGGCUUGUGGAAAUGUUUCUGCUGGCAAAGAAGGUAAAUCGGUUCAUGGGUUCUGUAUAAAGCACAAUUUUAUGAAUUCCAACUACAUUUAUUUACAGACAUUGCUUGUAGAUAUGUACUUGAAUUGUGGGUUGCUUGAUUUUGGUCUCAGAUUAUUCAAAGAGGUAUCUAAUAAAGAUGUAGUUUUAUGGACUGCAAUUGUCUUAGAAGCAGGAUUUUCAUUUUUUGCAUUGACUGAUUGA